AUGCUCGGUGAUGUUGCUGUGGCUGUUAACCCUAAGGAUGAUCGUUUUACUUACCUUAUUGGCAAGGAGCUCGUCCACCCCUUCAUCCCUGAUAGGAAGAUGGUUGUCAUCGCUGAUGACUACGUCUCUAUGGACUUUGGUACUGGUUGUGUGAAGAUUACACCGGCCCAUGAUCCCAACGAUUUUGCUAUUGGUCGCCGACAUCACUUGCCAGAGAUUAACAUUCUGAACGAUGAUGGCACUAUGAACGAUAAUUGCGGCGAGUUCGCUGGCCAGCAUCGUUUCAUCGCUCGUAGGACUGUCGAGGAACGGCUGAAGGAGCUUGGCCUUUUCGUUGGCAAGACCGACAACGCCAUGAAGGUCCCUCUGUGUUCGAAGUCCAAGGAUAUUGUGGAACCUGUGUUGAAGCCACAGUGGUGGAUGGACUGCAGUAAGGAGGCUGCUCGGGGGGUCCAAGCUGUGAAGGAGGGCAAGCUGAGGAUCGAGCCUAGCUAUUACGAGAGCACCUGGUUCAACUGGCUUGAGAACAUCCGUGACUGGUGUGUAUCUCGUCAGUUGUGGUGGGGCCACCGAAUUCCGGCCUAUAAGGUGGUCAAGCCGUGCUACACUGAGGAGCAGUGGUUCGUCGGGCGGGAUGAGGCUGAGGCAUUGGAGCGGGCCUCGGAGAAGCUCGGCAUCCCCGAGA